AUGGUUAAGGGUUUAUUGCUAAAGUUCUUCAAGAUGUGUGUUCUUGAAUUUCAUGAGCUCCAAAAGAUUUUUGAGAUGUGUGAACAAGACAUGGCUGGGGAAGUAAGCGUGGAAGCGAUUUCCAGGGUGUUGAGCAGGGGUGGCAUUGACAUCAGGGUAGAUGAACUGAAGGCCAUUGUCGAAUCCGAGAGAUUGGACUUUGAGGGAUUCGUCGAAUUCUGUCGAUCGAUAACGAACACUGAGCGAUUCAGACAUCAAAGUGUUGCAGCCGACGAUGAGGACGGUGAUUUGAAGGAGGCAUUCAAUGUCUUCGACAUGGAUCGAGACGGUUUCAUAUCGAGCGAGGAGGUGGAGACAGUGCUCUCGAGACUUGGGUUGUGGGAGGGGAGGGAGGGGGAUUUCAAGAGGAUGAUACAGAAGUUUGAUGAGAAUUCAGAUGGUCGUUUGGAUUUUCAGGAGUUCAAGAACAUGAUGUUGAGGAGUAAUGUUUCGAUAAGUUGA